AUGGAGAGAAAGCAUCUUGAAGAUGCUUCGCUUUAUCGGCCAUCAUCUGAAAACGUAUUCAAAAGGGUUGCACCAAAAGUUGAACAACGAAUUCCGCUUCUAUUGUCAACGAAGAAUUCGAGCGAAGAAAGGAGGCAGUCAAAAGCUGAAACGACACCACGUAGCCCACUAAUGACGGUAGCGAAAACGGUGAAAAAUAAGUUUUCGAAGCUGACUAGAAUAGGCAGACAUGAGCAAGAUAUCUCGAUGAAAGGCAGUCAAAGCUUCUCGGGGAUCCGACAGCUAAAAAGUGCGAUUCCUAAACGCAUAGAUCAAAAUGCAAAUCGGGUUAUAAAGUCCUCAUCAAUGGAAGUGCCAUCCACCAGUCAGGAGACCUCUGGAUCAUCUGGAACUAAACGUAUGGUUGUGAUCCCACAAAAUCCUAAACAUCUGGAAGAUUUCUCAGAAGAAUCAUCUUUGGCCGAGACGGUCGUUCAGAAAAACACCAGUGGCAUUGUCGCGGAAGAGCCCGAGGAGCCACCGAAGUCACAGGAGCCGAAGCAAUCCCUUUCAGUCACUUUGAGCGAGGACGUACUUGUCAUUACUCAGGAACUUCCUCUUUCCGUUCAAUGUGAUGAACGAACGGACAUCAUCGACUCAAAUGGGAAGACUCAAAGGAUCCAUGAGAAAGCUACGGCGUUCGGAGAACAUCGAAUAAAAAAUGUUCAAGUGUCGAAAGAGACCCGAAACGUGUCGCCUUCUCGAAAACAACACACAUUUACCCUUGGGGAGAAGAUUCCUGACACAUCCAGUGAGCUAAAGGCAACAGAAUCCCAAAAGAGUAAUGAGAAGAUAGAAAUGAAAUCCGCGUUGGACAAGAUGGGACCAGCACCAAGAUUCAUUAUGACGAUAAAAACUCCCGAGCCGAUGAGGAAGCACCAGACCUUUUUUAUCGGUUUGGCUGAUGCUCCAGUGACUGGCACUGUUGCAGUCUCUUCUCCCGAAAAGAAGAAGAAGAAGAAAACGAAAAUCGUCAAACAACGUUCGAUGCCUGAAGCAUCUGUUUCUCCGGAGAGGUACGUGAUGAGAAUGAAAACUCCGGAGACACUAAGGAGACAUCACACAUUUACUAUUAGAGAACGGUCAAGAAGUCCUGAUGUACCAUACAUCGAAGAGGGUGAAAUCACAGAACCUGUAGCCACUGUUGGAAUGACCGCGACAAAAAAGGAGACCACAAAAGAAAAAGAGGGGAAGCGACCUAACGAAAAGGAGAGUACCAACGAAAAGUCGACAGUAAGCGUGAAAACACCGUCCGCACUGCGAAAAUUGAAGACUUACAUAGCAGAAGAAAAGCCGAAGCUGAAGACUGUGUCGAGCUCGAAAAGUGCCGACACUUUUUUGUCUUCGAAGACGAGUAAUUCUGAACAUUCACAAAUUGUUAAACGUACUGCAAAGCCUCAGAUAUUUUUGCAAUCAAAGAAAAUGCAGAAAGCAAUGGAGAACAAUGAGUCCGAGCGUGCAAGCGAUUACGUGAAAAAGUUUACUCCAACCACCGCUGUCGUGCCAGUGACGAAUACUAGGUUGCAAGCACUUUUGACCAGGGAAACGAAGGUCACUGAUCAACCGGAGACUAUGAGAACGAUGGAGCAGAUGGAAACGGUUGUAGAUCUGGAGAGAGAAAAAGAAAUUCUUGAGAACCUGCCUCUGAAGACUGCGGAAAUGUACAUGCUAACAAUGAUGACUCCUACACUAGAAAGAAAGGAGACAAAUGUAGAGCGAAGUAUCGAUGAAGAACCACCGGAGAGGUCAUCGUCUCCCGAAAACGUCAGUCUUCUUGUCAUGGGAAGACGAUCACAUUCAAGAAAUUGUCAAAAUUCUGGAGAGAAGAAUUCCGUUGAAACAGAAGCCUCCCGAUACGCCGUGGUCCGGCCACAUAGGGGAAAAAUCGAAUUCGAUAGAAAAGAACAAAGUCAGUCUGACCGUGCAGAGCUAAUAGAGAGGAAGACCAGCGAGUUGUCGUGUGAGAUGACGUCUCCAGAAGAGGAAAUUCCGAUGGACACCCAUCUCACGCCUAGCGAAGAGCUCCACCGCGACGAUGCUCUAAUCACUCGAUCGAUUCAGCAUCUAUCGCUCGGUACCUCGUCAUACAACAGAGCACCAGAAGUGGCAUUCUCCGAUCUGCAUAUCUACGGAGCUAUCGAGACACUUCUGUUUCAACCUCCCAGUCCACCCAAGGAGGCAUUUAAACCGAUCACUUUAUCGAAAUCGACAUCACCAUUGAAAAUCAAAGGACAUUCCGACAAUGCGGUCGACGAGGCCAAAGACGAAAUGAAGAGGCUUCUGAACAGUCGCUCUAAAUUCGUUGAUCGAAAAGAGAAGCUUGAAGAGAGGGAGCGGCUGAAGCUGGAGAAACGCGAGAAGCAGAAUUCGCCACGGCCGCCGAAAGCGCCGAUCACAGCCAGGUUGGUGUGCGCAUGCCAUCGGCUGCGUGUCGGCAUGUUCGUCAUCUUCUACUUCCAAGACCAAUAUUCUAUUCUUGAGCGCUAUCCACGAAAACCUGUCUGCUACCCCAAAUAG